AUGUCCAUUCAACCUGUAACAUCGUCCACGUUGUCUGCUGACGAAGUUAAUAAUACUAUCUGUAUUAAUAAGUCGAACGAGGAGCCAAUGACUGAGCCAUCAAAACUGCAAGAAAGCCACGGGGAAGAACAUGUCCAAGCAAAAGUUGUUGGAUUCUGUGCAUUCGUUGUUGCUAAGCCAAAACUGAGUUUCG